AACACAAUCCAAAAACAACUGAUGAAAAUAAUCAAGGUAGUACGAACUCUGACCUUUUCAUUCAACGUUGUUCUGUUCUAGAAAGCAGGAUGUGUGACGUUUUCAAUCGCUGGUACCCACAGAUCACCGCUUCCUUCCUUUUGGUCUAUUUUUCUAUUAUUUACAACUGAACAUAAUCUGCUGAGCGUUAUCUUUUAACGGUCAAAUUAAAGGUAGAGAAAUGUUUCUCUUCCACAUGGAGCGUAAAUAAUGUUUCCUGACAGAAAUAUUCAGAUGUGGCCAUCAAGACAUUUCUCAGCUUCAGUAACCUAGAGAUAACAUGAAGACACAAUCGCAGCCCAGAGGCCACUUCAAACAGGGUUCUUGAAUUCAGAUGAGUUUGGUGGUUUAAAAGGAACACACACACAUGCGCUCACACACACGCAUAUGUACAAUUUACAAUUUAAAUGAAGCUUUUUCAAGUGCACCAUGUGAUCAUCCCUUUUAUUGGUUACAUUUGUCCGCUUCAUCCAUUUCAGCCGUCCUCUGUGUAUUCGUAUCUCCAUUAUGCUGACAGUAAUGAGAAGCUUGAAAAAAGCUGCACACACAGAACCAGGUGGAAACAAAUCAACUGAACAUGAGGAUUGAUUUGGAGACUUGACACAGCAAACGUCUGGAGGACAGGGGAUCCAUCAGCAUGACGGGUCCACUGCACGAUUCCCACAGGUUGUCUGUGAAAACAUGGACGGAGGAGGAUAGUGAUCGUGCUGAGAGCACACUCAGCAGGGGACAGUCGAUAUGUGACGACACUUCUUCAGAGCUGCAGCGAAUGGCCGCCAUCGAAAGGAAUUCCCAGAGUUCCUUUCGAGGCAGAGGGGCGCUGUCCAGAAUAGUGAGUAUGGUGAUGACUCUGAGGGAAUGGGCCCAGAAGAGUCUGGCCGAGGACACGGAGCGGCCUGAUUCCUUUUUGGAGCGCUUCAGAGGCCCGGCCAACACGGACCUACAGUCCCCGCCCAGCAGAUUCAGCCACACCCACACUGGUUCUGAGGCAGAGAAUGAAGUCCAACGCUCCCGACGCACGAGGAGGAAGUGGAAGGUUGUGGUUUUAUCCCCAUCUGAUGAUGCCUACUACAACUGGCUGAUAGUGAUUGGAGCAGCGGUUUUUUAUAACUUCACCCUAUUAGUUGUGAGUAACCGGAUGUUACUACUGACCGAAAAGACGAAGAAGAAGACAGGAAGUGGCAGGAGGAGGGUGACGCAGCAUGUUUUUUGAGUGUUCUUUUAAUGACCUAUUUAGGUACGAUUUUAAUUGC